AGCCACUCCCACCGCCGCAGCCGAUUCCCGCCGCCGCCGCCGCGGCCAUCCGCUGCUCGACCUUCUACACCCUCCACCUCUUUAUACCGCGAUCUCCUCCAGAACAACUGGCCGGAACUGCUGCUCCGCCUGCUCGCCCCCGCUGGAGAUCCGCCCGGAGCGGCAUUUGUCUUUCUGGGUCAAUUAGUGGUUUGGAAUGUUUUUCCGAGCUGAAGUAGAGAAGUCUUGGAGCUGGAUAAUUAAGUUCUUUUAGGGAUAUGCUCCAACCAAGGGAAGCUGAUGUGCCUGUGCUCUUUGUUGUAUUUAUAGUACUUCCGGUGAUAGCUUAUUUUCUUCUUGGGAGAUGGCAUGAGGCUGCAAGUAAGAAAGCAAGGGUUGGUGUGCUUGCCCAGAAAGCUGCAGAAGAAGCGUUCGAAGUGGAAACAAUGGCUUGUCCAGAUGUUAUAUUGUCAGGACCCUCUCUGAGACCUAUGCCUUAUUUGAGAUCUGUUCCUUCUUUAAGAUCCGAGUACCACGAGUGUGCUAAUUGUCAUGGCCCUGCAAAGACUAGGUGCUCCAGGUGCAAGUCUGUUAGAUACUGCUCCGGAAAGUGUCAAAUAAUACACUGGAGGCAAGGGCAUAAGCAAACAUGCCAGCAAUGGAAUGUUAAUGGUGGCAGCAGUUCUGGUGGGCUACCUACUACGGAAAGUUCUGAACAGAUGCCAUUCUUGACUAACCUGAAUUCACCUCUUCCAGGGGGUGAUGUCCAACUGCAUGACAUGAAUUUUGACACAGUAUCAGAACCAUCUUUUGGGACAACUGAUAGCUAUAAUUUUGACCCUGAUCUGUUCCCAACGGAUAGAACAAACAUCAAUAAAUCAAACCAGAAUCUUCAUUCAACUGAAAAUGGUGCUUCUGUUGUAUCUUGUGAGAAGAGCAAUUAUAGUGUUGAUGAAAAAACCAACUCUUCUGAGAUUUUAUCAGCAAACAAGGUUUCAAACAACAGUUUUAGUUGUUCAGAUGAAAAGGAUGGCAACUGUGAUUUGACUUAUCCUCUCAAUGGCUUGAUACAACAACCCAAUAGUUGUGCUCCUGAGACAAGAAAACGGCCAAAAGCAAGCAUCACGGUUUAUGAACCAGACAUGGGUGUCUAUUUAACUUCUGAUAUGAUCAGUUCUUGUGAAGGGCAAUAUGCUUCAACAACAGGGUCACUACAGAGGAGCAGUUCAUGUGGAAAAUCUACUGGAAAAGGAAAUAUGAUCCAUAAGAAGCCUCCAUAUCCACCAGGUAAGGUGGCUUCAUCACAAAAACCACAGGAGGUGUCAACAUCAUAUCAAUACGAUGGCCAUGACAAGAAUCCUUGCGGCAAAAUUGAGCAAAGAUCAGCAAAAGCAAGUGUUUCAACAAGCAACAAUUUACAAGCAUGUGCUGGAAUCUCAAAAAUAGGAGCAUCCAAGGUUGAGGUCUUGAAGAAGCCCUCCAAAUUUCUAAAAACAAGCCUGGUGGGUUUAAUCAAUGACAAUAAGAGGAGUAAGGUAUUGUUUCGCUAUGAGGAUCUUGUUAAGUUCUUUCAGUACGAAGUACGGGGCAUUUCUCCUAGAGGUCUUUUCAACUGUGGGAACAGCUGCUAUGCUAAUGCUGUUUUACAGUGCCUUAUGUGCACAAAACCCCUGAUGAUCCACCUGCUUCUGAGAUUGCAUUCUAAAGACUGUAAUACUAAACCCCUAACAUUUUGCCUUCUGUACUGUUGUGUACUUUUGUCUGCCUCACUUUGUUAUUUUCUUUUAGGUUGCUCAAAAAACUGGUGUCUUAUGUGUGAACUUGAGCAAUAUGCUUCAACUCUACGUGAAAGUGGCGGACCUGUGUCUCCUAGUAGAAUCCUUUCAAAUCUUAGGAAUAUUGGAUGUCGCUUGGGUGGUGGAAGUCAGGAAGAUGCUCAUGAAUUUUUAAGGCAUCUUGUGAUGUCUAUGCAAGCAGCAUGCUUGGAUGGACUGGGUGGUGAGAAACAAGUAGAACCAAGCUUGCAGGAAACUACACUGAUACAACAGAUGUUUGGCGGGCGCCUUAAAUCUAAGGUUAAGUGCCUCAGAUGCCACCAUGAAUCUGAAAGAUAUGAGAAUAUAAUGGAUCUUACUUUGGAGAUUCAUGGUUGGGUGGAGUCCUUACAAGAUGCUUUGACGCAAUUCACUUCUCCUGAAGAUUUAGAUGGGGAGAAUAUGUAUAAAUGUGGAAGGUGUUGUGCUUACGUCAAAGCAAGAAAGGAAUGA